GUUUGGUGCGGUUCAAGAUGAUCAUUGUUCAAAAAGCACUCAUGUCUACAACUACUACCUCGUCCAGUGUCCAUGCUUCGUCUGCGAUGCUGUCCCAUUCCGUCGGCAAACGGAAGAAGGCCGUGUAUGCAAAAGACUACUUGAUGGAGUACGAACAGAACCGACUGCGGGUCCUCGCGGAGCAGCAGGACUACUUCCAACGCACCCGAGAAUCGCACAUGAUUUCUCGCAAGGAGCAGCAAAAAGAGAAGCGCAAUGCGUACCAGCGCGAACGCCGCCGCCUCAAGAAGCUCAAGGGAAGCCAACUCGAUGACGAGUAUUGCUGCAGCCGAAGCACGAGCUCCACCGCGUCGUCCGACACGUCCACAACCGACGACCAUAUGAAUAAACCGACCACAGCAACCAAGCCCAUUGAGCUCAGCAUUUCGUUCUUGUUGAAUCCGUGAACACACACCCCCCGUAGAAGAAAACUCCAAGCCCUUUAAUAUUAGUUAUCAUUAUUUCAACUCGG